UUCGUUACUUAGCAACGAUCGCGGAAGUGGUGGAGCUGCAAACUUCAGACCAGUUUCCCGGGAAAGAUACAGUUUAUAUGCCGAGAACGGUGUGAUGUCGAGUUUUUUGGAGAACGUUUCUGGCAGGGUUAAAGCGAAGGGCAAUGGGGUGGAAGUGAGUGAGGAGCAACUUUUGCAGUGGGGAUUAACUGGAAUAAAGCUUCGCCAUUACCAGCUACUUGGUGUAAACUGGCUUGCGAACUGCUACAGAAAUCAACAUGGUUGCAUUCUUGGUGAUGAGAUGGGUUUGGGGAAGACCUGUCAGACUAUAUCACUGCUUUUGGUUCUCACUGGACACUUGAAGAAAAAUGACCCGUUUUUGAUUCUUUGCCCACUGUCUGUUUUAAGUAACUGGGAAGAAGAACUGCAGAGGUUUGCUCCCAGACUUUCAGUCCUCGUGCUAAAAGGUGACAAGGAAACAAGGCACACACUGCUGCAGGAUAUUUCCGAGAGGAGACCUUUUCAUGUCCUGCUCACUACAUAUGAGAUUUGUCUAAAGGAGGCAUCAUUUCUGCGCAGGCUUACCUGGAAUCUUUUGGUUGUGGAUGAGGCCCAUAGGCUGAAGAAUUCCCAGUCUUUACUUCAUAAGACACUGUCAAUGUUUUCAGCAUCCUUCACCUUACUGUUAACUGGAACACCAGUACAGAAUAACCUCCAGGAGCUGUACUCCCUUCUAACAUUUAUUGAACCCGACAUCUUUCCUUUAGAUGAUAUGAAGGAGUUUGAAGAUUAUUACCUAGGAGUGGAAAAACAGACUGAGAAAGUUUCUGAGCUGCACAACUUGCUGCAGCCCUUCCUGCUGAGACGUGUGAAGGCAGAUGUGGCUUCCGAGUUACCUAAGAAGGUGGAAGUGGUUUUGUACCAUGGGAUGUCGGCUCUGCAGAAACACUACUACAAGGCUAUUUUGAUGAAAGAUCCAAGUGCAUUUGAAUCAGUUGAAUCAGGAAAGAAGGCCAGUUUGUUGAAUGUUUUAAUUCAGCUCCGAAAAUGUGUGAAUCAUCCAUAUCUGUUUGAUGGUGUGGAACCUGAGCCCUUUGAGAUUGGAGAACACCUUGUAGAAGCUAGUGGGAAACUUCAUCUGCUGGAUAAAUUAUUAGCAUUUUUACAUGCCAGAGGCCAUCGUGUACUGUUGUUUUCCCAGAUGACACUAAUGCUUGAUAUAUUACAGGAUUACAUGGAAUACAGAGAUUAUAGCUAUGAGAGGCUGGAUGGUUCUGUCAGAGGAGAAGAAAGACACCUUGCAAUCAAGAACUUUAACCAACAGGACAUUUUUGUCUUUCUCUUGAGCACACGUGCAGGUGGUGUUGGAAUGAACCUGACUGCUGCAGAUACAGUUGUAUUCUUCGACAGUGAUUUCAAUCCUCAGAAUGAUCUACAAGCAGCAGCAAGAGCCCACAGGAUUGGUCAGAAAAGGCCAGUGAAGGUUAUACGAUUGGUAGGAAGAGACACCGUUGAAGAAAUCAUAUACAGGCGAGCAGUGUCAAAGCUUAAGCUAACAAAUGCUGUAAUUGAAGCUGGGCAAUUCCGCCUCAGUGAAGAUACUUCAAAAGGAAAUACUGAUAUUCAGCUGAGUGAGAUCUUGAAGUUUGGCUUAGAUGAGUUGCUGUCAACAGAAGAGAGCACGAUUAGGGACAUCGAUCUUGAGAAAGUCCUGGGAGCGACGAGGAAAGGAGAGUGGGUGACAGAUGAUUACCCUGUCCAGAUGGACCAGGAAGAAGAUGAAGAGGAAGAAGAGCCUGAGGAAGAAUGUCAUAUGUACAUCUAUGAAGGCAAAGAUUACUCCAAAGAAGCCAGUACCUCGGACCAGGCAGCCUUUGAAAAGAUGCUGGAUCUCAGAAAAGCUUUGCUCGAAGAAACUUGUGAAAAAGGACGAGCCCUGAGGAAUAAAACUAAUGUUGUCAUGACAAUGCCUCUACAAUCAGCAACAAGGAAAAAAAGGGUUUUAACACCAGAAGAACUAGAAGAGAGACACAGAAAACGUCAAGAGGCUGCAGCAAAACGUGCAAAACUUAUGGAAGAAAAAAGAAAGGAAAAGGAAGAAGCAGAGUACAAGAAGAAACUAUCCUGGUGGGAGUCUUGUGGCUAUAGGUCAUUUGCCAUUUCUUCAGAGGAUAGCGAAAGUGAGGAGGAAUUGGAAUAUGGUGCCCUUGAGCUUGAUGUGGAUUCCACAGGAGCGGAGUCCACCUCCAUUAACUAUGUUAUGGGUGAUGUUACACAUCCUAAAGCUGCAAAAGGAGAUGCAAUCAUUGUCCACUGUGUAGAUGAUUCUGGUUACUGGGGAAGAGGAGGACUGUUUACUGCUCUUGCUGUAAGAUCAGAUGAGUCAAAGAAGCAUUAUGAACUAGCUGGAAAGAUGGAAGACUUGUCUUUAGGAAGAGUGCUGCUCUUUCCAAUUGAUGACAAAGAAUCUAGGAGUGAAGGAAGUGAUUUGCUGGCUUUAAUAGUUGCACAACACAGGGAUCGAUCAAAUAGUCUGUCUGGCAUCAAACUAACAGCACUGGAAGAAGGCCUCAAGAAAAUUUACUUUGCUGCCAAGAAGAGGAAUGCCAGUGUCCAUCUGCCUCGCAUUGGCCAUGCUACCAAAAAUUUUAACUGGUAUGGAACUGAAAGGUUAAUCCGCAAAUACCUGGCAGCAAGGAAGAUCCCAACCUACAUCUACUAUUUUCCUAGAAGUCUUGUGCACUCUGGUGGUCCACAGCCUUCAGUACCCUCCAGUACUGGUCUACAGUCAAAGGAAAAGCAUACCAAGAAAGUGGACAAGAAAGAAUCAACCACAGCAGGCCUGCCAGACUUUUUGUCUACAGUCACUGUUUUCUUUUACAACAUAACAGAAGCUGAAAAGAAGAAAUUGACUAGAUAUUUAAUCACUUAUGAUGGCAAUGUAUCUACCAAGUUUAGUGCCGAGUGCACUCACAUUGUGACUGAAGUUGAAAGCCCACAACAUGCGCAGGAGCUACAGAGGAUUCUAAAGGAAAAUUCAUUGGCUGUCAUAGUACAACCCAGAUGGCUGGAGACAUGCUUCUCUAAACAGAGAAAAGUUGAUAUUGCAAAAUAUGAAAUUGAUUUAAACAAAUAUUUAUAAUGUUUUUCUAGAGUAUAAUGUGAGCUCUAUGCAACCUUGAAUCAUACUGAACAAUGGCACUGUUUUAUUACAUAUAGUUUUAGAUGUAUUUUUAACAGAUUUUUGUUGUACAGAAUGUGCACAUCAGAUUUCAAGCUGCAAUAAAUCAUUUAAAAUAUAAU